UACAAACAAGGCCUUCUUUCAUUUUAAGACGCCGUUCAAUUCCGUCGCCGUCCCGUUUAAACGCCGUUGUAUCAAACUGUUCUCCAGUACUCACUUCCAUGGCUUCCUGCCACGCGCUCGCAGCUCAACAGUGCUACGGAUCCAGUGUCUCUGUUCGCCGACUGCUGCCUCGCAUUACCUCGAACUCGAAAUUUCUUGCCGUCGAGUACCAUUUUAGCUCAGUGAGGUUGAAGUCGAAUUCCGAGAAAUUAGGGCGUGGAAGAGCAGUUUCGUCUAUGGCUGAGACUGUGACCGCUCCGAGGGGUAGAGGAAAGGUUAAUGUGUUCAAGUCGGAGGAAGAACUGGCGGUGUCGCUUGCGAAAUACACUGCUGAUUUGUCUGCUAAAGUUUGUGCGGGCAGGAACUCGUUCACGGUUGUUAUAUCCGGCGGUUCUCUUGUGAAGUCUCUCAGGAAAUUAAUUGAACCGCCAUAUAUUGAAUCGGUAGAUUGGUCGAAGUGGCAUGUGUUUUGGGUGGAUGAAAGAGUGGUGCCUAAGGAUCAUCCUGACAGCAAUUAUCUUCUAGCUUCCAAUGAAUUUUUAUCCAAGGUUCCUAUUCCUGCUGGUAAUAUCCAUUCAAUAAAUGAUGCAGUGUCAGCAGAGGGUGCAGCAGAUGACUACGAGGCUUGCCUCAAGCGGUUGAUUGAGCAUAAAGUAAUAGAUCAAACGGCAGCCAAUGGAUUCCCCAAAUUUGAUCUUAUGCUAUUGGGCAUGGGCCCUGAUGGCCACAUUGCUUCUCUAUUCCCCGGACAUCCACUUCUCCAAGAAAACAAGAAAUUGGUUACGUCUAUCAAGGAUUCACCUAAGCCUCCUCCGGAAAGAAUUUCCUUCACUCUCCCGGUCAUCAAUUCCUCUGCGGCUGUUGCACUCAUCGUUGCAGGUGCUAGUAAAUCCGCAGCCGUGCACACAGCACUAAGCAGCUCUUCCGAUCCCAAUGCACUGCCAGUGCAACUAGUGGCUCCACAAGGCGAAUUGGUAUGGUUUCUAGACAACGAGGCUGCUUCAAAACUGUAAGCAAUAUGGCUUUUACACACUUACUUUACUCUAUUAUUUAUGUGGUGAUUAGCUAAAGACUUUUAUGUAACACUUCCCUCUAAAUGCCUAGCAGUCAUUAUGGCAAAUCAUGGGAGAUUUUCCUCUGAUUAUGAUAAAAAAAAAUUCAUGCAAA